UACGAAAACUAAUUCUCAUUUAAAGAUCGAAGACGUUAAGUUAAAGAAAAAAUAAAAGGAAGUUUUUCAAAUAUUUUACAAUAACGUUAAUUAUUAUUAAGAAUAAAAAUAAUAAAAAUGGAAGUUUUGCCCGAUUUACCAAUUGGGCCUUUGGACGAUUAUCGAAAACAUGCAAGUUUCAAUUGGAAAUCAUUAAAAGUUCAUCUCGAAGGAGAAGAAAAUGUGAGACUUCAGGCAAAAUUAUGGAACGUGAUUAAUUCUCAUCGUGAAUUUCGAAAAUCAAAAAAGGGCCUUUCAUUGGACGAAACUCGACGAAAAUGCGUCAACCAACUGAAUAUUUUAAUUAAAAAUCUGCCAAGUGAUGUUCUUUACUGGCCGGUUCAAUGUUUUCAAUACGACGCAUCAAUAGCAACUUUAUUCAGUCUCAGAGAAAUAGUUGUCCCUUCGGCUUUAAUGAGUUUGGGAACAGUACGUCAUGCGGAAAUAUUUGAAAAACUCAAGACAAGAGAGUACAUAGGCGCUUUUUCUUUAACGGAAAUUGCUCACGGUACAAAUAUCAAAGGAAUGGAAACUACUGCCACUUACGAUCCAAAAACGGAAAAUUUUAUUCUUCACACACCGAAUUUUAAGGCAGCAAAAUGCUGGGCUGGAAUGAUGGGAAUGACAGCAACUCAUGCAAUUAUUUACGCUCAAUUGAUUACACCUGACAAUAUUAAUCACGGUCUACAUCCAUUUAUCGUUCCGAUUCGAAAUCCAAAAACACUUUUGCCCUAUAAGAGACUGAUUGUUGGGGAUUUGGGAGAAAAAAUUGGUCUCAAUGGAGUUGACAAUGGAUUUAUCAUUUUCAAUCAAUACCACAUUCCAAGAAUGAAUUUAUUGAAUCGACACGCAGACGUAACAACCGAUGGCAAAUAUAUUGCACGUAUAAAAAAUGAAAGCAAACGUCUAGGAGCAUCUUUAGGAUCGUUGUCAAGCGGAAGAAUUGGAAUUUCAUUAAUUUCCGCAAUGUAUCUAACAGUUUCUGUAAUUAUAGCAAUUCGAUAUUGUUCAGUACGAAAGCAAUUUGGAUCUUCUUCAAUAAAUGAAUGGCCAGUGAUUGAAUAUCAAGUUCAGCAAGGACGUCUCUUACCUCAUUUAGCCUCUGUUUACGCUUUCACGAUAUUCUCCUCUUGGUUAUUGAAAAUAAGCGAAGAUUUUACAUCGCAAAUAAUUGGAGAUUGCGAUCGUGAUGCACUGAAUUCUUUGGGAAUGGAAAUUCAUGCUCUAUCAUCAGCUGCGAAGCCUCUUUGCACCUGGACAUCACGUGAUGGAAUUCAAGAUUGUCGAGAAGCAUGCGGUGGACAUGGAUAUCUGAAAGCUUCAAGAUUAGGCGAAAUGAAGGCAGAAAUCGACGCUACUUGCACUUAUGAAGGGGAAAAUAACGUUUUGAUUCAACAGACAAGCAAUUGGUUGUUGAAUCAAUGGGAAAAUGUUUUGAAGGGCAAUGAAAUUGUUUCGCCAUUAAAUACAGUGAAAUUUCUAGAAAAAGCAGAUCAAAUUCUAUCCUUAAAAUUCAAUUGCAAUAAUGUUGAGGAGACAAUGAAAAUUGAAAAUUUGCUGAUAAUUUACAAAUGGCUAAUUUGUAAUUACUUGAAAAAAACUUACGAACGAGUUGAGAAUCUCCAACGAGAGGGUGGUUGUAAUUUUACAACGAGAAAUGAUUCUCAAAUGUUUUUCGCAAAAUUUCUAUCCAUAAUUUACGCAGAGCACGUCGUAAUUCAAAGAUUCGUUGAAAAAAUAAAUGAUCCAAUUUUUAAUGAAUCGGAAAAAGUAAUUUUAUCAAAAUUGUGCUCAUUAUACGCCGCUUGGUCAUUGGAGAAAAAAUUGGGCGACAUUUAUGCAGGAGGAUUCGCAAAUCCCGAUUCUCAGUUGGAAAUAUUUCUUCGUGAGGGUAUAAUAAUGAUGAAUAAGACAUUGGUUCAAGAAGCUGUGUCCUUGGUUGAUGUUCUUGCGCCUCCUGAUUUUAUUCUCAAUUCACCGCUUGGAAUGUCUGACGGCGAGAUUUACAAACAUCUGGAAGAACUUUUAUUGCAGAAUCCCUCAAAUUUGAAACGAGUCGCUUGGUGGAAGGAAAUUAAAAAAUCAAAACUAUAAAAAAAAUUGAUUAUAAUUAUAUAUUCGAUUUAAGAAUUUUAUUUUUUGUUUGACAAUAAAGAUUA